AUGGGGAUGGAGUGGCCGCCGACGCCUGCGCAGCAGAGGAAGGCGGUGGUGGCCUCCGGGUCGGCGCUGAAGCUGGUACUGUUCGUGAUCCUCGCGGGCCUCGCACUGCGGCUGCUGGUCGGCCCCGCGGCCUACCUCCUGCCGCCCACCGCCGCGCCAGAGGGGGCCGCUCGUCUAUUUCCGGCGCCGGGGAUGGAAAGAACCGGCGGCGGCGGGAUUCCUUCCGUCGAAAUGGAUGAUGCGGUUUUUACUUUGACAUCUUCAGAACCUCUUACAGCUUUAGACAAGAAGGAAGGUUCCCCAAAACCAGAAGAAAGUUGUGAUCUUUUCCAUGGUGAGUGGGUUCCCAAUUCAUCAGGGCCAGCUUACACUAAUGCAAGCUGCCGCUUCAUUGAGUCUCCUCAGAACUGUAUGACAAAUGGAAGGCCUGACACAGAUUAUCUCAAUUGGAGAUGGAAGCCAUAUGGUUGUGAGGUACCGCCAUUUGAUGGCAAGAAGUUUCUGGAUGGCAUGAAGGGCAAGCAUUGGGCACUUAUUGGUGAUUCCAUCCUUCGCAACCAUGUCCAGUCAUUGCUUUGUCUUCUUUCUAAGGUCGAAGAUGCUACUGAGGUCUACCAUGGCGAUACAUUCAGAUCCAGAAGAUGGCACUUCCCUUCACACGAUUUCACGGUUUCCCUUAUCUGGGCACCAUUCCUGGUCAAAGCUAAAAUAUUUGAGGACGAUGAUGGAGUUUCUACUGCUGAUCUCCAGCUGCACCUUGACGUCCUCGAGAAAAAUUGGACUAGUCAAUGGGAGAGCUUUGAUUACGUGGUGAUAUCCACAGGCCAAUGGUUCUUCAAAACUGCAGUGUACUGGGAGAAUGGAGUUGCGAUUGGCUGCCACUCCUGCCAGAACAAAACCCUGAAAGAGAGGCCUCCAGAGUACUCCUUCCGCAGGGCACUCAAGGUGGCCUUCCAGUUCAUCACAUCUUCACCUCACAAGCCAGUAGUCUUCUACAGAACGUGGGCUCCUUCACAUUUUGAGAACGGCGAGUGGUUCAGUGGCGGGACUUGCAACAGGACGGCCCCAUUCAAGCCAGGGGAGGCCGGUGACAGAGAAAUGGACAAUAAAAUGUGGAGGAUUGAGAGAGAAGAGUUUGACAACGCGGUGGCGAACAAGGGACCUAUCGAUGGUGACCGUCUGAAACUGCUCGAUACAUUUGAGCUCUCUCUCCUAAGGCCUGAUGGACAUUCAGGGCCUUAUAGAGCAUACCAUCCUUAUGUGAAGGGCAUGACAGCCCAAGUCCAGAAUGACUGCCUCCACUGGUGCUUGCCUGGGCCUAUUGAUGCGUGGAACGAUGUACUCAUGAAGAUGCUGGCAAAGGACUGA